AUGAAUAUCAUGAAGGAUGCCAUCUCCGAGGCGGUAAAAAGUGUCCAAUCUUCGAGGAAGAUAACAGGACUUGAGUAUGAGGACCUUUGCAUGCACCCUGACUUGGAAAUACCCGAAGGUUACAAAAUUCCAAAAUUUGAAACCUUCAAUGGUAUUGGGAACCCUAUGGCUCACCUACGAGCUUAUUGUGAUAAACUCGUGGGUAUCGGGAAAAAUGAUGCAUUGAUUAUGAGGUUGUUUAGUCGAAGCCUCAGCGGGGAGGCGUUAGAAUGGUUCACAUCUCAAGAACUCCGUCAGUGGUCUACAUGGGGGGCUCUGGCCAAAGAUUUCUUGGAGAGAUUCCAGUUUAAUGUCGAAGCUGUCCCUGACAGAUAUUAUUUGGAAAAAAUCAAGCAAAAGUCCACGGAGGACUAUCGUGAAUAUGCGUGCCGCUGGAGGAAAGAAGCUGCAAAGGUACAACCUGUGAUGACUGAAAACGAAAUAACCUCUGCUUUUAUUCGAGCUCAGGAGCCCGAGUAUUAUGAAAGGAUGUUGCCUAUGAUGGGACAAAAGUUUUCGGAGCUGAUCAGAAUGGGAGAAGCAAUAGAAGAUGGCCUCAAGUCUGGAAAGGUUACAAGUCUCACUGCCUUGCAGGCCGCCAACAAAUCCUCACCAUCCAUGGCAACAGGAUUCGCUAGGAAAAAGAAAGAGGACGUGUCUGCUGUAUCUUUUAGCCCGAGGCCAAGGCCGCAAAGGUAUUUUGGGUCUGGUUCUGCCAUUGGAAACUCCAACCGAUUCCCCACCUCAAAUAUUUACCCACCAUCUCCACAAGCUCCAAUCCCAAUCUACUAUGCACAACAGAACUACCAAGCACCACCGCCCAUCUACCAAAAUCAACCACUAACCUACCAAAAUACACUACCAAAUCACCAAGCCAAUUCACCAGUCUACCAAAAUCCCGGACAAAACAACCCAAAUGCCAACAAUCUACCCCGUCCUAACCUUGAAAGAAAGCCUCCCAGAGUUUUCACUCCUUUGGCAGAAACACGUACCCAACUCUUUGAGCGUCUAAGAGCGGCAGGAUUGAUCCAACCAGUAGACGCAAGGGCAAUUAAUCCCACAACAAAGUUCUUCCGAGCAGAUCAACGUUGUGCGUACCAUUCUGGAGGGGCAGGACAUGAUACAGAAGGAUGUAUCAAUCUGAAACAUAAGAUUCAAGACUUGAUCGAUAACAGGGUCAUCACUCUCCAAGCCCCUGCCCCCAAUGUGAACCUUAACCCCAUUGCCGAAUCAUGGAGUAGCUACCAUCAACAUGAUGAAAGAGACGAGAUUGGCUUACUAAUGGGAUUAUCGGUGAAGCAGCUGUCAACUCACUUAUACCAACAGUGGCCUCAUUGA